AAAAACUCUAAGAAGAAAAGCAACAACAGCUUGUCAGCCAUCUCGGUAGCUUGCUAGUCAACAUAGCGGAAACGUUCAAGUUCUUUAGACGCUUUCUGGUAUAUGAGCCACUCUGUUUUGAACACAUUUAUGUCGUUUAGAUAAUUAUCCAAUUUAAUUUCCUAUUUACGUUCAGCUAGCUGUCUCGUUAAGUUAUCAUUAGCCUAGCUAGCUAGCUGUCUCGUUAAGUUAGUAUUAGCCUAGCUAGCUAGCUGUCUCGUUAAGUUAGCAUUAGCCUAGCUAGCUAGCUGUUAGCUAACAUCCCCGACCAUGAGUUCACCAAGCUACUCGUCUCCUGUUGAAGAAGAGGAGGUCUGCUGGACGGAGAAAGAGGGUCUGGGGCUGAACGUUGUCGUGAAAGAGGAGAAGGAAGAAGAGGAUGUGACAGUAAAACAAGAAGUAGAGGAUGAGGCUGUUACCGUGAAAGAAGAAGAGAAAGACAUUUUAGUGAAAGAAGAGGAAGACGCGUUCAGAGUGAAAGAGGGUGAGGCUGUUACAGUAAAAGAAGAAGAGAAAGACGUUUCAGUGAAAGAGGAGGAAGACGCGUUCAGAGUGAAAGAGGAGGAGGAUGUUACAGUAAAAGAAGAGGAGAAAGAGAAAGAGGAGGAUGCCGUUUUUGGAGUGAAGAAGGAAGGAGAGAUUACUGUCACAUUGAAAGAUGAAGAGGAGGACACAGGCGAUCUGAUUAACACCAGAGAGAGACGUGACUAUCGUGGAUCCUCUGGGGAGCCUCAACAACAACAUGAUGCUGACGAGGCAGAGAAGAGUCCCUCCACAUCAGAACACCUCGAGAAACACCAGCGGAGACCCACAGGAAAGACACCUCACUGCUGCGCUGACUGUGGGAAGAGACUUACCUCUUCGGCAGACCUUAUAAGACACCAGAGAAUCCAUACAGGAGAGAAACCGUAUAUCUGUGAUCAGUGUGGGAAGAGUUUUAAUGUUCCAAGCAGCCUGAAAACACACCAGAGAACACACACAGGAGAGAAGCCUUACCACUGCUCUGACUGUGUAAAGAGAUUUGUUUCGUCAGGACAUUUAAAAUCACAUCAGAGAACACACACAGGAGAGAAGCCUUAUAUCUGUGAUCAAUGUGGGAUGAAUUUUACUACAUCUAGCCAGCUGACGUUGCACCAGAGAACACACACAGGAGAUAAGCCGUAUAGCUGUAAUCAAUGUGGGAAGAGUUUUGCUGCCUCAAGCAGCAUGACAGCACACCUGAGAAUACACACUGGCGAGAAACCUCACUGUUGCUCUGACUGUGAGAAGAGAUUCACCUCUUCAGCAGACCUUAAAAUACAUCAGAGAAGCCAUACAGGAGAGAAGCCUUAUAGCUGCUCUGACUGUGGGAAGAGCUUUUCAAAAUCAUCUAUAUUACAAUCACACCAGAGAAUUCACACCGGAGAGAAACCUUAUAGCUGCUCUGACUGUGGGAAGAGCUUUUCAAAAUCAUCUACAUUACAAUUACACCAGAGAAUUCACACUGGAGAGAAACCUUAUAGCUGUUAUCAAUGUGGGAAGAGCUUUACUCACUCAAACAGCUUGAUAGUACACCAGAGAACACACACCGGAGAGAAACCUUACCACUGCUCCGACUGUGGAAAGAGAUUUGUUUCGUCGGGACAUUUAAAAUCACAUCAGAGAACACACACAGGAGAGAAGCCUUAUAGCUGUGAUCAAUGUGGGAAGAGAUUUACUCACUCAAACAGCUUGAUAGUACACCAGAGAACACACACAGGAGAGAAGCCUUAUAGCUGUGAUCAAUGUGGGAAGAGCUUUACUCACUCACACAGCUUGAUAGUACACCAGAGAACACACACAGGAGAGAAACCUUAUAGCUGUACUCAAUGUGGGAAGAGUUUUAUUAAGUCUAACAGUCUGACUAGACACCAGAGAACGCACACAGGAGAGAAACCUUAUAGCUGUGCUCAAUGUGGGAAGUGUUUUACUACAUCUAGCCAUCUGUCUAUGCACCAGAGAACACACACAGGACAGAAUCCUCAUAGUUGAAAUCAAUAUGGGAAGAAUUUUACUCUGAUAUACACACAGGAAAUAAAUAAUGUAGCUGUGAUCAAUGUGUGAAGAGAUACUCUGGUAAAAUAUAUCUGAUCAAACAUCAGAAUAUACAGGAAGGAGUUGUUUUAUGAUGUCAAUGAAAUAAUGUCACAAUGUAGAAUGUUUUAACAUUGUAGAAGGAGUAUUUUAAUGAUGUCACAAUGUAGAAUGUUUUAACAUUGUAGUAGGAGUGUUUUAAUGAUGUCACAAUGUAGAAUGUUUUAACAUUGUAGAAGGAGUAUUUUAAUGAUGUCACAAUGUAGAAUGUUUUAACAUUGUAGUAGGAGUGUUUUAAUGAUGUCACAAUGUAGAAUGUUUUAACAUUGUAGUAGGAGUGUUUUAAUGAUGUCACAAUGUAGAAUGUUUUAACAUUGUAGAAGGAGUAUUUUAAUGAAUAAUGUCACAAUGUAAAAUAUAUAUAUUGAGUUAGAGAUCCUUCCUUGA